UUUUAGUUUGUGUAGUUGGUAUAAAAACGAAAGAUUCACGCAUGAAAGUUGCAGUUUCUACUCGACCACCUCAAUAAUAAAACUAUAAAGAUGAUUCUCAAGUUGAUAUACACAACAACGUUGGUGCUGGUGUUGACAAAUUUAUCAUCAUCUGGAAUAGUGACUUAUCAGCCAUCUCAAGAGGAUAAUUAUCAUGACAGUCAUCAUGCAUCAGUGGCAAGUUCUUUUAUGAAUUUUCAUGGACCAGUUGAGGGACCUCAAUACGAAGUGAAAGUACCAUAUGUAAUUCCACAUCACAAUGAACAUAAUGGUCUACAUAGCCAAGAAGAGGAUGAUGAACAUCCAACUCAUGGAUAUACAUUAGAUUAUUUUGGUCAUCCAAAAUAUGAAUUUUCCUAUGGCGUUGAGGAUCAUCAUACUGGUGAUUUUCAUCAACAAAAAGAAAUACGAGAUGGUGAUAGUGUUGCAGGAUCAUACAGUGUCAAAGAACCAGGUGGUACUAUUCGAACAGUAACAUACAAAGCUGAUAAAGAUGGCUUUCAUGCUGUUGUUCAUACAUCAGGAAAAAAUGAUCAUUCUGGUGCAACAUAUACGUCACAUAAUCAAGCACCAAUUCAUCAACAUCAAUCAGAAUUAAAACUUCAAGAUAAUGAAGAACAACAAGAAGAACAACAACAAGAAAAUCAUUAUCAAUAUUCAACUCAUGAAGAAUAUGAGUAAAAGUAACUUAGUAUAAGAUUAAAAAAUAAUUUAAUUACCUGCCAAUUUUUCUGUACCUGGAUGUUACAGCAUUUUAAUUGUUUAUAGUUUUUAUUGAUUGUGCCUGCAGCUAAUUUUUUUUACAUCAUUCAUUAUUUUAUGUACCAAAGUAUCCUCCUAU